GCAUACUUUGUUCGAGAAAGUUAAUGUUUUAAGUUUUGAGGUGGAGUGAGGGGUCAACCUCAAAUGAAAUAACGUGUAUUGAUAUGCUCCCUUAAAAAACAGUGCAAUAAAAUACUUGUAGACUCAAUAUAUUAAUCACAUUUGAGAGCGACAAGAUAAUGACAACACGAUGUUUCGAUUUGUCGCUAAUGCAAGCCUGAUAUUGGGGCUUAUGCACUUUUUAUUCGUAUGCCCCCAAUACCAAAGGCACAGCUACCAAAUCAAGGAUAAAGCGAAGAGAGAAACAACAAGGCAUGGUGCAGAGCUCAACAUUUUAGAAAAUGAUUCAGAAGAACGCAAAACGCUAUUUUCACGCGAUACGAAAUCUAAUGUUUAUUUCCCUGCUUCGAGAGAAAAGAGGGAAAUUCAAAACGAAGCAUGCGAGUCGGUUGACAUAGAUUUCAAUUGUAAUGAUACAAAAAGAUCUUGCCGGGAGCGUUGUGGUGACAAAGUAACAUUGGAAAAUGCGACGAGCUUUGUCUGUCACUGUGAUGAGUUAUGUCAACAUUAUGGUGACUGUUGUAAAGAUUAUGGACAACAAUGCCGAGGUUGUAAUGCUACUGAACGAGGUGUCGACACGAACCAGACCUUUUUUGAUUUCGCAACUGACGAUGAAAGGUGCGCCCCUCUUUCUGUUCAUAACUCACAACGAUCAAAGUACCAAUGUACGCGUGUUCAAAGAGCCGGUCGUGUGUUCCUGAAAGCCAGUUGUCACACUGACUUUAAGGGGUCUGCAUUGGAGAAAAAGUGCUUCGGUGACGGUGAGACAUUCUCAAAUAUUCCCUGCUACGAUGUGAUUAAACGUACACACUACAAGAACAAAUAUUGCGCCGAGUGUGAUUACGUAAAAGCAGUUAAAUUUUGGAGACCAAAAAUCGAAUGCCUUUAUGGUGAACACUUUAACAAAUUAAAAGUUGGAAGCUUAAACAUCCCUCGAAUCAUGGAAUUGAUUGAAGAUUCGGGAGAUAUUGGUAGUGGGUGUAGAUACGAAUAUUUGGAACCAUUGUUGGACACAUACGAUCGCGAGAAUAUUCGGGGGUCUCUGCGUCCUUGCUUUAGCACGAUUUCGGAGUGUGGAUUUUGUAAGGACUCACGUCUGGAAGCACUUUGUCACACCCAUGGUUUAGAUCCGAUUCAAGAAGUCAAUUAUUUUCAUAAUAAGCACUGUUGGAAAUGUAAUCCGCAGUUACAUUAUGUAUCGAACUCGCAACUAUACCCUGAUCUUUGUCGAAUGGUCGAUAGCUCCGACGGAAGGGGGUUUUUACCUGAGGAUUUACUACUUGUUUCAUUUCAAAUUUUAAUGGACGUUAAGGGAGACACCAUCAACGUAAGAACCGUUCCGAAUGAACAACAUACGAGGAUAGCUGAAGUGGAACUUACUUGUUCUGAUGACCUGGUUCAAUGCCGAUUGAAACGAUGCCUUGGCAAUUUGAAACUUGAUGGGGAUCAAUGUAUUAUUCGUGACAAUGUUGUGAAAGUGGCGAUCAGUUGUAGAAUGCUGACAUGGCCAAAUUCAAAUUUCAUCUCGGCUUACAUCAAUUCACAAAUACUAUUUGAACUUUUUCCACCACUUCGCGUUGUUUCCGAUGAUACAACCAUUAAGACCGAUGGCAAUUGGAUAAACAAGACGUUCAAAUUCGAUGUUUUAUUUCAAGUCAAACCAAAUGUUUCGGAAAUAAUCAACAAAACAAUGGCGAACAGCAUUGGUCAGUUGGAGGAGAAAUUGAACAAUUUUCUUCUUUCGAACAAUAUGUCUAAUCAUGCAGUUCUCGGUGGUAUCGAGUACAAUGUCGUCUCAGUUCCCGAGAGAGCAGAUUCUACAGUGGCCCAAAAUAGAUCAGGUACAAAGUCAGCACACAACUCCGCUGAUACAACAACAGGGACAUUCAUAUUACGGAUGUUGAUGUGGUUUUUGAUUUUCAGAAUCAUCAUUCACGUGCGCAUGAACAUGACUUGAGAUAUAGUGAUAAGACAUACACCCACUAGGGUGUCAUUAUCACUGAUAUGUAUAUAUGUUUAUCAAGAUGUAGAGAUAUAGACUGAGAUAUUAAGAUCUAGACAGAAUUAUUAAGAUAUAGACUGAGAUAUUAAGAUAUAGACUGAGAUAUUAAGAUAUAGACAGAAAUAUUAAGAUAUAGACUGAGAUAUUGAGAUAUAGACUGAGAUAUUAAGAUAUAGACUGAGAUAUUAAGAUAUAGACAGAAACAUUAAGAUAUAGACUGAGAAAUUAAGAUAUAUAUAGAUUGUGAUAUUAAGAUGUAGACAGAGAUAUUAAGAUAUGGACUGAGAUAUUAAGAUAUGAACUGAAAUAUUAAGAUAUAGACUGAGAUAUUAAGAUGGAGACAGAGAUAUCAAGAUAUAUUAAAAUAUAGACAGAGAUUUCAAGAUAAAGGCAGAGAUAGUGAGUAAUUUGAAUCUGAUUUUUUCUAAAUGGAUGUUAAUACAGCAGAACCUGUGUAAGUGAAACGCCCUACGUUCUGCCAAAAAGUGUUCCACUUACGGAGGUGUGGGGUUCUUAAUCCUCCACAUAUUGCCAGUCUUUGGCACAAAGAUUUGGCAAUUAAGUUUUAGACUUGUUCCUUAUAAUUCAUUUGUUUUUAACUGACAUUCUUAAUCUUAUCUAUCAAGUUUGAAACAACACAUGUCCAUCUCUACAGGAGGUUAAUCCAAUUUUCUGAAUGAUAAUCUUAUGAAAUCCUAAUUUGCUGAUUAUCAAAUUAAUUAGUGGUAGCAUCAUAUGUUGAUCUCUAAAGGAGUUUGAUCCAAUUUGCUGAAUGGUAAUCCGUUAAAACCCUAAUUUGCCAACUAUCACAUUUAUUACCUGUUUUCAGUUACCAAGAUAUCACUCUAGGGGGUUAAUUCUGUAAAUACAUAAGUAUCAAUAUUGAAAUUCAGGGAAAAUUGACUGUUCCACUUAGCAGGUUAAUAUUUUAAUAUGGGGUGUUCACUGUUCAAGUUUGGAGGUGUUCCACCUAAGGAGGUUCAAUUAACAUUAAGUCAAUGGGUUUUUAAAACGUGACUUUAAAAAAGCGUUCCACUUGCGAGGUGUUCCACUAAGCAGGUUCUUUUAAGGUAUUAGUCUCCAUAUCUAGACCACAGUAUUCAAGAAUCAUUUAUUUUUCUUUUAAAUAUUUCUAUUGUGAUUGUUUUUAUUGUUGGAUGUACGUCGGUAAAAAUAUAUCCUAUUAUCUCAUGUGAAAGCAUAACUCGUGUUUAAGCGUAUAAGUAAACGUAAAAUUGAAGGUUGGCGUUUUGCAAAAAUAUGUACUUAUAUGUAGAGCAAUGUAUUGAUAUUUUGAAAUA